AUUCUGACAACAGUGCUGAUCCGAUCUUUCAUCUGGAGGAGUCGCGGAGUUUUCCAUCAUCAAUCGAAUUCUGUUUAGCUGGAGAAGACGACCACCAUGCAGCGCGCUUUCUCUUCGGCACCUCGAGCUGUUGCUCGUUCAUCAUCGAGACUGGGUUCGCUCACGCAACAACGCUUCGCACACAAGGAAUUGAAGUUUGGCGUUGAGGGCAGAGCGGCGUUGUUGCAGGGGGUGGAAACGCUUGCGAAGGCGGUUGCUACGACGCUGGGGCCUAAGGGAAGGAAUGUUUUGAUUGAGAGCAGUUAUGGGAGUCCGAAGAUUACGAAAGACGGCGUAACUGUCGCCAAAGCCAUCACGCUCAAGGACAAAUUCGAGAACCUGGGAGCCCGAUUACUGCAGGAUGUGGCCAGCAAGACCAACGAGGUCGCUGGUGAUGGAACCACCACCGCGACCGUCCUCGCCAACGCCAUCUUCUCCGAAACCGUCAAGAAUGUCGCAGCCGGAUGCAACCCAAUGGACCUUCGAAGAGGUACGCAAGCUGCCGUCGAUGCCGUUGUCGAAUACCUCCGAGCCAACAAGCGCGAUAUCACCACUUCCAGCGAGAUCAGCCAGGUCGCGACGAUUUCUGCCAACGGCGACACUCACAUCGGUCAGCUCCUCUCCAACGCCAUGGAGAAGGUGGGAAAAGAGGGCGUCAUCACGGUUAAGGAGGGCAAGACGAUCGCAGAUGAGCUGGAAGUGACGGAGGGUAUGAAAUUUGACCGCGGCUUCAUCUCGCCAUACUUCAUCACCGACACCAAGAGCCAGAAGGUGGAAUUCGAGAAGCCACUUCUCCUGCUUUCUGAGAAGAAGAUCUCUGCUGUUCAGGAUAUCGUCCCCGCUCUCGAGGCUUCGCAGCAGCUCCGUCGCCCACUUGUCAUCAUCGCUGAGGACAUUGACGGUGAGGCGCUCGCUGUGUGCAUCUUGAACAAGCUCCGUGGUCAGCUCCAGGUCGCUGCUGUCAAGGCACCAGGCUUCGGUGACAACCGCAAGAGCAUCCUUGGCGACAUUGCUGUUCUUACCAACGGUACUGUCUUCACUGACGAGCUCGAUAUCAAGCUGGAAAAGGCUACUCCAGACAUGCUUGGAUCCACUGGCUCCAUCACCAUCACCAAGGAGGACACCGUCAUUCUCAACGGCGAGGGCACCAAGGAUGCCGUCAACGUCCGCUGCGAGCAGAUUCGUGGUGUCAUGGCUGACCCAACCACCAGCGACUACGAGAAGGAGAAGCUCCAGGAGCGUCUCGCCAAGCUCUCUGGCGGCGUUGCAGUCAUCAAGGUCGGAGGUGCUUCCGAAGUCGAGGUCGGUGAGAAGAAGGACCGCAUGGUCGAUGCUCUGAACGCUACGCGUGCUGCCGUUGAGGAGGGCAUCCUCCCAGGUGGUGGUACUGCCCUCCUCAAAGCUGCCGCCAACGCUCUCAACGACAUCAAGACUGCCAACUUCGACCAGCAGCUUGGUGUCUCCAUCGUCAAGAACGCCAUUACCCGCCCAGCACGCAUGAUCGUCGAGAACGCAGGCACUGAGGGAUCUGUUGUCGUUGGCAAGCUCAUGGACGAGUUCGGCAAGGACUUCAACAAGGGUUUCGACUCCGCCAAGGGCGAAUACACGGACAUGAUCGCCGCUGGUAUCCUUGACCCAUUCAAGGUUGUCCGAACUGGUCUCACCGACGCAUCCGGUGUUGCAUCGCUCCUCGGAACCACUGAAGUCGCCAUCGUCGAAGCCCCAGAGGAGAAGGGCGCACCAGGCGGCGGUAUGGGCGGAAUGGGUGGAAUGGGAGGCAUGGGCGGAGGCAUGUUCUAAGCUGAUCGCGAAGAGCAUCUCCUCCAUCCCUGUACUCUUUGCCGCUCAACGACAGCAGUUGAUCUCUCAUGAUGUAUGAGUGCGCGUGCCAUGAUACCCAUACCCGGAAGAUGCCGGAAAUUUUUGUACAAAGAAAGAUGAUACUACUACAUUUCGUGCUUGUCGUUUUUUUUUUGGCUGCACAAAAAGAAGCAUAUAUCUCCACUCUACCUACUGGAUGUAUUGCAUGGGGAGGCGGAGGCGGAGGCGGAGGCGGAGGUAAUCUGGCGUUGUACAGAGGAACCGAAGGCAUGGCUUGUAUUAUAUGAUUAGUGUUAUUUUAUUGAUAGCGUUUGUUUUUUGAAAAGUUAGAGAAUUUAUACACAGUUGACUAUAU